AUAUCCGAGAAUGAACUUUCUUGAGACUGCGCUUGGGUCCAAAUUCAACCCCAUCGUUGCCCUGGGCAAAGCCCGGUCAAUGGGAUUUAUCAACAAGUUCAACGGUGAAGCUGAGAUUCUCGAUGAUCUGGUACGACCCAUCAGUCUGUGCCUGUCUAGAUCUUCUGCUCAUAACGACAGAACGAUCACUGGACGAGUCAUUCACACAAGAGAGAAAGAAACUGGUUGGUAGAAAAACUGCAG